UAAAGCCAAGCUCGCUGCACACACGCACUGCACAUCAUGUCUGUGCCCUUCACUCGCAACUGCUGCCGGCUUGCCCUGGCGGUGGGCAAGGAGUUGACAGGGGGUAAGAGGCCACCACAUGGCUGGCAACGCUUGGCUGCUUACUCUGGGGGGCCGAAGUCUGGGGACAUGAAGGGGUAUCUGAAUACGCAGUACAGUGAGGCGAAGAAGAGCAUCAAUGAAAUCACAUCUUCCAUCUCAAGCAAUAUGUUGAAUCCAGAUGCCAUUUUUUCCAACAAUGAAAUGAGUCUUAACGACAUUGGAAUUUAUGGCUUUGAUUAUGAUUAUACACUGGCAUUCUACUCGAAAGAUCUUCACACACUCAUUUUCAACACUGCCAGAGAUCUUUUAAUUAAUGAGCACAGGGUAAGACUAUUUUCACACUUUUUUUUUUU